CUGGGUUAUACAAGAAAAAGCAUACGUCAGAAAGACAAGAACAAUGGAUACAGAAUGGCCGAAUCUUUGGCAUUUGAAUGGUGAUAUUUCUCCGACGUUGAAAGUCAACGAAGCUUGGACGGCAGGGUACUCUGGUCAGGGUAUUAAUAUAGCAGUGUUGGAUGAUGGUUUACAGACAGACCAUCUAGACCUUGCUGCCAAUGUCGAUACUGCCAAUGAUAAAGACAUUUAUGGCUUUGAUAAUGAUCCUUACCCUCCAGCAGGGAAUAGUCAUGGAACACAGGUUAGUGGAUUCAUAGGUGCAGUAAAGGACAACAAUAUAUGUGUAGUUGGUGUGGCGUUUAGCUGUACUCUCAUAGGAAUUCGGAUAUUGGGUUCAUUUGCUAUAUCAGAUUCAGAAGAAGCUGAAGGUCUUUCUCACUAUCUUUCAAAUGUUGACAUAUACAGCAAUAGCUGGGGACCUGGUGAUGGUACUGGUUUUAAUGGACCAGGUUCUGUAACAAAGGCAGCACUGCAGGAUGGAGUGACUAAUGGAAGGAAUGGUAAAGGAGCUAUUUACAUAUUUGCAGCAGGGAACGGAGGUACAGCAGACAACUGUAAUGCUGACGGCUAUGUCAAUAGUAUUUAUACUGUAGCCAUUUCUAGUGCAAUGAUUGGUUCCAAUGCAUGGUACUCUGAAGUGUGUGCUCCUGCCUUAGCUGCAGCGUAUGGUGGCAGCCAAGAUGACAGGUACCUGACAACAACUACAACAUCAUCAGGAUGUAUAAGUGAUGGUAUCCAGGGGACGUCGUACGCAGCACCUAUUGCUUCUGGUAUUGUUGCUCUUACACUCGAGGCUAAUCCAAAUCUGACCUGGAGGGACAUUCAACAUCUGAUUGUUUUCACAUCAAACAGGAAUGGUUUAAAUGACACGUACUCUGAUUGGUCAAUGAAUGGAGCAAAUAAAGAAUUUACCUUAGACAGCUGGUCCUUAAAAUUGCAUGGAACUUCAACAGAUCCAUGGCCAAGCGUGGAACAAACAACUUCACCCAUUUCAACAGAUAUAACUACACACCUAGAAGUCACCACUAAAAACGUUUUAACAACAGAGAUUUCAACGGAACCUAUAACAGAAAGUACAACAAUGAUACCAGCAACAAAGAUAACAACUGAAUCUAUAACACCAAGCACAUCAAAAAUACCAACUACAGAAAUUAGAUCUGAAUCAACAACAUCAAUCACAUCAAAGAUAUCAACAACAGCAGCUACAACUGAACGCGUGGAACAAACAACUUCACCCAUUUCAACAGAUAUAACUACACACCUAGAAGUCACCACUAAAAACGUUUUAACAACAGAGAUUUCAACGGAACCUAUAACAGAAAGUACAACAAUGAUACCAGCAACAAAGAUAACAACUGAAUCUAUAACACCAAGCACAUCAAAAAUACCAACUACAGAAAUUAGAUCUGAAUCAACAACAUCAAUCACAUCAAAGAUAUCAACAACAGCAGCUACAACUGAACGCGUGGAACAAACAACUUCACCCAUUUCUGCAGAUAUAACUACACACUUAGAUGUCAUCACUAAAAAUAUUUUAACAACAGAGAUUUCAAUGGAACCUAUAACAGAAAGUACAACAAUGAUACCAGCAACAAAGAUAACAACUGAAUCUACAAAACCAAUCACAUCAGAAAUAUCAACUACAGUAAUUAUAACUGAAUCGACAACACAAAUCACAUCAGAGAUACCAACAACAGCAGCUACAACUGAAUCUACAACACCAAUCACAUCAGAGAUACCAACAACAGCAGCUACAACUGAAUCGACAACACCAAUCACAUCAGAGAUACCAACAACAGCAGCUACAACUGAAUCUACAACACCAAUCACAUCAGAGAUACCAACAAUAGCAGCUACAACUGAAUCGACAACACCAAUCACAUCAGAGAUACAAACAACAGCAGCUACAACUGAAUAUACAACACCAAUCACACCAGAGAUACCAACUACAGAAGUAACAACUGAAUCGACAACACCAAUCACAUCAAAGACACAAACUACGGAAUUUACAACUGAAUCUACUGCACCAAUCACAUCAAAGAUACCUACGGCAGAAAUUGCAACUGAAUCUACAACUCAAAUCACUUCAGAGAUACCAACUACGGAAGUUACAACUGAAUCUACAGCACCAAUCACAUCAAAGAUACCAGCUGCAGAAGUAACAACUGAAUUGACAACACCAAUCACAUCAAAGAUACCAACUACAAUAGUUACAUCUGAAUCUACAACACCAAUUACGACAACGAUACCAACUAUGGAAGUAACAACUGAAUCUAAAACACUAAUUACAACUUUGAAACCAACACAGGACAGUCCAACAAAAGAACAGACGACAGAAGCAACCACUAAAGAUUCAACAACUGAAAGUACAACAUUGUCAUCAUCAAAUGAAGGUGCCAUAGGCACAAAAGCUACUCUUAACAACAUCAAUACUCCGAUAAUAGCCGGUAGUAUCGGAGCUGUAGUUGCAGUUCUCUCCCUCAUUGGAGCAAUAUAUGCAACAUAUGCAGCAAAACAGAGCAUUAACAAACCCGAUAUACAAAAGCAGCAAACAUCAGAAUUCUCCGACGUGUAUGACAGUAGACAAUUUCCUGCUGUUACCCCAAGAUAUGGUAGUCGGAUAAGUUGGUAUUAAGGUGACAUCGUUGAUUAUGAGAUAAAGCCAACCAUAUACUUUUUAACAAAGAAAAUGAGAUAAAUUAUAAACAGAUUUUCGCAGAUAAUUAAAGUUAA